AUGAUGGGCUGCAGGACAGCGAAGGACCAGUGUUCACGUAUCCACCCGACUGUUUGCAUCGCGUGGAGGCAUCCUCUUGGCUAGCCGAUUUCCUUAAGGCUGUCUCCCUAAUGCAUUUUCAGGUAGAGCAUGUGCGAUGUCAGUGUUGUGCUCUGCUACACGUAGAGGAAAAAGUAGCACUGCUACGAAGAGACCGCUCAAGAGGUUUAAUGUAGUUUUUGUUAGUAGGUGAGGUCUAAUGUAGUCAUGAAGGUGGAUGCCGAAGUGCUUCGUGUUCAGGAUCUUUUCGUGAAUGGGGGAGCGCGGUUUCGACAUCUCGUGCGGAGUGAGGGCUUUGUUUUUCGAACUGGCCUGUAUGGAGUAUGGAAUUUCGAACUACUCAGGGAAAAUAUUGCAGGGGUUUCGUUUGCGGAGAGUGAGAAAACACCAGGAACUUCCGAAAGGGACGGUGUCAGUGAGACUGGCGAGCAAGGCACAACAUCUUCUUCGACUGACGAUCGCAAUACUGCGACGUCGCCUGGUGCUGCAGGUGAAGCUGCUGGGAAGAGAUCGAACGGCGAAAAUAGUGGUCUAGCUGAAUGGGCUGGUACUGUAGCUCAAAAGGAACCACCGGAAAAAGAGGAAGAAGUCACAGGAAAAGAGCAACAUCCAAGAGUGGAAAAGCUGAGUCCAGUACCAGAAGCUCCGUCUCCGAUCGCCUUUCACGACCGUGGACAGAAGUGCUCGAAUCCAAAUGAGGUGUUCGAUGUUCGUGCAGGACGUUGUGUAUGUCAUCCGUGUCACUUGUGGACCGCGCACCGCGGACCGACAGAACAGCACGAAUCCGCGAGAAGUACGCAUACGAAGAACGAGGCUUCGUCGGUACCCGCGGCGGCGAUUCAGAUGUCCAGGGAAAAUAAGGAUGGCGAGGAUGAGGAUGAUGAUGACGAGGAGGAUGAGGAUGAUGAUGACGAGGAUGACGAUGGAGACGACGCGGAUGGGGAUCAUGGAGAGGAAGAUAAAGAAAAAGACGGGGACGAAGAAGAAGAAUCGGAGGGAGAUGGAAAUAAUGGCCAGGAAGCGAGUGAAGAUGGUGAUAGCGCAAAGAAUGAGCGAAAUGGCCGCGAAAGUCCCAAAAAGAAGGGUGGAGAGAGUCCUACGCCAGGAAAUGUGCUGGUGGAAGGUGACAAGAAGGAAGAACGACCUCCCAGUGAAGCUGGGAAUCCUUCUGGCGGUGGAGAAGCAGAGGUACAGAAGACAGAAGAAAGUGGAACACAUAGUAGUCCGAAGCCUGGUCCUGGGGCUGCGGAUCCCCAACCGAAGAACCCGAGGGUGGGAAGCUCAGAUGAUACUGAUAAGGCGGAUCAAUCCGACCAAAUCGCAAAAAAGCCAGAUGCCGCAGCCGAAAAAGUACAG